GCGGCCAUUUAAGAUAUGAAAGCCAUGGAGGAUGAUGAUUCUGAUCCUUUGUUAGAGGAUGAAACAAUUGAAAGCAAAGAUGAGGAAGUUAAGGAGGGUCUUGUUCGUCCAGCAGCUUUUAACGUAGAAUUUCCAGAGAAAAUCCCUCUGGAAAAUGCAGCUGGAUAUCAUGGAAUCACAUCUUCAAAAGAGACUGACAACACAAUGGUGUUUGCUUCCAAGCGUUCUUCCGUUGCCUCGGCCACCAAAUGGCUCGGCUUCGUCACGGCCGUCUGGGUGCAAUGCAUUUCCGGCAACAACUACACCUUCUCCAACUACUCCGACGCCCUCAAAACCCUCAUGAACCUCACCCAACUCGAGCUCAACAGCCUCUCUGUCGCCAAAGACGUCGGCAAAGCCUUCGGCCUCCUCGCCGGCAUCGCCUCUGACAAGCUCCCCACCUGGCUCAUCCUCCUCAUCGGCUCCGUCGAGGGCCUCGUCGGUUACGGCGCCCAAUGGCUCGUCGUCAGCGAAAGAAUCAAACCCCUCUCUUACUGGCAGAUGUGUAUUUUUCUGUGCAUGGGAGGCAACAGCACGACGUGGAUGAACACGGCGAUUCUGGUGACGUGCAUCAGAAACUUCAGGCGAAACCGGGGACCCGUUUCGGGGAUUUUGAAAGGUUAUGUGGGUCUGAGCACCGCCAUUUUCACUGACAUCUGCGCGGCUCUGUUUAACAAUGACCCUGCUAGCUUUCUCCUCAUGCUCUCCAUAGCCCCCUUCGCCGUUUGCUUGACCGCCAUGGUCUUCCUACGCGAGGUUCCUCCUUCGUCUUCCUCCUCCGAAGACCACCAGGAGUCGAAGUACUUCUGGGUCUUCAAUGGCGUCGCCUUCUUCGUCGCUCUCUACCUCCUCGCCUACGACUUCGUCCCGGACCCUUCGGAGCUCUUCUCUCACAUCUUCACCGUCAUCCUCCUGAUCCUCCUGGCCGCGCCGCUGUUGAUUCCAGCCUACGCGUUCUUCAACGCGUGGGCUUCGAAGUCUGAUCGGGUCGUGUCGGAGUCGGGUGCGGAUACUGAGACUCUAGCGGCGGAGCCGCUUCUGAGUCAGGUGGCGGCGGACGACGCGCAACAGAAGGCAGAGGCGGCGGGUGGUGACGUGGUGGCGGUGGUGAGGAGGAGGCCGGUAAUUGGAGAGGACCACACGAUUUUGGAGGCGAUGACGACUUUGGAUUUCUGGGUGUUGUUUGUGUCGUUUUUGUGUGGGGUGGGGACGGGGUUGGCGGUUAUGAACAAUAUGGGGCAGAUUGGGUUGGCACUUGGAUACGCCGACGUUUCGAUCUUUGUGUCGCUCACCAGUAUUUGGGGGUUUUUCGGCCGGAUCGUGUCGGGUAUGGUUUCGGAGUACUUCAUCAGGAAAGCUGGAACUCCAAGACCCCUUUGGAAUGCUGCUUCUCAGAUUCUAAUGGCCGUUGGCUACAUCCUCAUGGCCAUUGCCAUGCCCGGUUCGCUCUACAUUGGUUCGAUCGUCGUUGGAAUAUGCUAUGGAAUUCGGCUUGCCAUUACAGUCCCAACUGCAUCCGAGCUAUUUGGUCUCAAAUACUAUGGACUCAUCUAUAACAUUCUGAUCCUCAAUCUUCCACUCGGCUCCUUCCUCUUCUCCGGCCUGCUUGCCGGGAUAUUAUACGAUAUGCAGGCCACAACCACGUCCGAAGGCGGCAACACCUGUGUUGGUGCCCAUUGUUACAGGCUUGUGUUUAUAAUCAUGGCCAUUGCCUGUGUUAUUGGGUUUGUUUUGGACAUUUUAUUGUCCAUUAGAACUAAGAGUCUUUACAAGAAGAUUCAAGCUGGCAAGAAAUCAAAGAGAGUGGCUAAUGGCACACAAUAGUCAACCUAAGGUUGGACUAGGGAGGCCAAGAAAUCUGAGGAUUGAUGGGCUUAAAAUUUUGCCCAGUGAUGUCCUCCAUUUGGAAUUAAGCUUCUUUUAUCAAUUUUUUAUGAGUGCAUUAUGUUGCUUAUCAUCCAUAAGAUCACACUUGGAAGGAAGGAAAAAAAAAAUAAAAAAUUAACAUCACUACAAAAAUGAUGUGGGUAAGUUGUUUGAUGGGUACCCCUAAUCCGGCCCAUUAUGAGAUUUGUAUUGAUUAAUUCUCGGUGGAAUUGGUGUGUAAUUUUUUUGGUAAUUUGGAUUAGUGUGUGUAAUUAUUUUCUUAAUCGGUAGGCUAUAUUUAUUCAUCAAACAGUUCUUCUUUA